GUUGGCGAGCACAGCCGCCAUGGAAACCUCAUAUCUCUCACGUUCCAGCUUCCGUGCGAAUACUGGAUACUGUGCAUCUCACGACCAAAGCUGACGCAAAAACUAUUGUACCAUAAAGAUACAUCACCCGGUCCGCCGCAGCCUCCCAGGCCCUCCUUCCACCCUUGGUCACACCAACCACGUCCUCGUUCUCGACUCACGCAUCACAACUGGUGCCCACGCCGACCCGUGUUGGGUACUGCUCAGGCUUAUGUGAAGGAACGUCGUGAGCUAUGGCGCCUGUGAACCAAGCAAGACUGGAGGACGCUAGAACCGGCCAACUCCGAGCUGAAAGCCUCCGCGUACUCUGUCUCGAUGGAGGUGGAAUCAAAGGAUAUACCUCUCUCCUCAUUCUGCGACGCAUCUUCCGUACAAUGAAGGACAUAGGCCACCUCAGCGAGGUCCCUAGGCCAUGUGAUGUCUUCGAUCUCAUUGUAGGCACUUCUACUGGCGGCGUGAUUGCUGUCAUGCUAGGGAGAUUACACAUGACCAUUGACGAGUGCAUUGGGAAGUAUGAGCAGGUCGGUAGAGAGGUCUUCGGCAAGAAGUUUUAUGGAGGCACGCUUGGAAAGAUGUUCAAGGGCUUGAGUAGCUCUUCAUUCUACGACAUCGGGGUUUUACAGGAACAGGUAAAGCUAGUUCUGGACUCUAAGAAUAUCGAGCGUGACACGACCUUCCUGGAGCACGGUGUUGCUCCCUGCAAGGUUAUGCUUUGUGUCACCAGAACCGAAAUCAGCAAACCUGACGUGCUAAGGAACUACACAUCGCUCCACCCGACAGCGGAGAACUAUACUUGUACCAUUUGGGAGGCCGCAAGUGCGACCGCUGCUGCACCGCUGUACUUCAAAAAUGUGCAGUUCAAAGAGACUGGAGAAAAGUGGUGUGACGGCGGCUUGCAACGCAACAAUCCAAUCAAUGAGGCACUCUCAGAAGUUGCUCGUGAACGAGGGUGGAAGGAUUGCAAAAUAGGAUGUGUUCUGAGUCUAGGUACAGGCGUCAAGAAGAGCGAGUCAAUUACUUCCAGUUUUGCUAGCAUUCUGAAGGGCGUCGUAGCGAUGGUCACAGACUCUGAUGACAUCGCCAAAGCCUUCGCAUCCUCUGAGCUGGGUAUAGAGCUGUUUCGAACCAAACGCUACUUUCGAUUCAGCAUCCCGCAAGGUAUGCAGGAUCUGAAACUCGACGAAUGGAAAGAAACAGAAAAGAUGAGAGCAUUGGCAACAGAGUACAUGGGUCAUCCCAGCAACGGAGACUUGAUCACAGGAUGUGCCAAAUCUUUGUUGGGUCCGGAUGAGAAUUUACAUAUUGAGAUUCAACCGAAGCCAUGCCUCUUGCCUUCUCGUCCGUGUACACAUUUCAUCGCACGGCCGCUUUACUCGGAAAGAUUGAUGGACUUCUUCAGAGCGAAAUCACACGCGGCUCAGAUCUUCGUAUUGUGGGGUUUGGGUGGCAUUGGGAAAACGCAGAUUGCUCUCAGAUUCGCAGAGAUUGUGAGGCAUCGACUCUCCGUAUUUUGGAUCCGCGCAGAUCGCUUUGCCAACUUCGCCGCCGACUAUGCCCAGAUUUUGAAAGAAUUAUCCGGCGCACUCCCGGAGCAGAUGCAUUCAGCUGUCGACUCUAGCAACAUCUUGGAAAUCACACGACGCAAGUUAGAGGACAGUUCUGACUCGUGGCUGUUGAUUCUUGACAACGCGGAUGACAUGGAUGCGUUUCUCGGAAGAGACAUCAACUGUGACGAUUCUCAAGGGCUCUCAAUUGGUCAGUUCCUACCACGUCACGGCCGCAUGCUCAUUACUACGCGAGACCGUCGCUUUCAAGGCACUGUAGGCGCAGCAAGUGACGGCCUCAAAGUUGAAUGCAUGAGCAAGGAAGAAGCUACAGCGCUAUUGCUAGCAUCCAUUCCAAGACACCUGAUCCUGGAUCAUUCAGACUCAGAGAUGAAGGCCCAGCAUCUCGUUCAGGAGCUAGGUUGUCUACCCUUGGCCAUUGCUCAGGCCGCAGCCAAUAUCGUUGACCAGCAACUCAACUUUGAUGAUUAUGUUAGUUUCUUCCAGAGUAAGAGGCAGAGGAUGGAGCUAAUGGGGGCUCCAGCGCGCGAUUUUCAGACCACGGAUCCACGGAAUGCUAAACAGUCUGUGAACAUUACCUGGCAAAUCUCCUUUGAUGUUUUGAUCGAGAAGCACCCACUAUCUGCAACACUGCUUACAUACAUCGGCUGUCUUCACUGGCAGAAUAUCCCUAGAUCUCUCAUCCGGCAACUUCCAGAAUUCCGCGACUUAUCAGAGUCAGAGUUCAUACUCCUGACAAAAAAGCCCUUGAGUCUGUCGCUGCUCGAUGAGGUAGAGAGCGACUCCGGUUUCGUUGAGUACACGGUCCAUCCAGUGGUUCAUGAAAGGAUCCUCGGCCUGACAACACCAUCAGAGAUCAGCGCUCAUGUAGGCCAUUUGGUCGAUUUAAUCUGGACCAUCUUCCCAUUGAUCCAAGAGCGGUCUGAUCCUGCUUGGCUAAUGGCAACAUAUCUUGCCCCUCAUGCAAUUCGAAUGAUAGAGUUGUGUGAUGACAACUCUAUGUCCAGCAAGCCACUCUCAAUCCUUUUGCUCCGUACAAGUCAGUUCUUCGGAAUAUCAAACAUCUUCGACGCUGCUGUCCAUCUAGCCCAGAAAGCUGAGGACAUGGGCCAUACGGAAUGGGCAUCAAGUCCAGGAAUGAUUCUUACCUUGAUGAAGAACACAAACCAGCAGUAUACGGAUGCAUCGAGGCAUAAGGAAGCUGAGGAGACUAUCCGAGAAGCACUGAAAUAUCUAGAGUCCGAUUUUGCCAGAUCUGGCAUAGCACCUGCCCAGCUGGAGGAAUAUAGAAUUUCCCUGCAAUCGAGUCUGGCUACAAGUAUCAUGGCAAGAGAUGACCACGCGACGCGGGAGCAGCUCCAUCGGUCGCAACUCGGAUCAGGUCUAGUGGACGAAUGGACCACCCGUGGCGUCAAUAUAAGGCACAACCUGGCCCACUCGUUGUUCCAUCAAGACAAGAUUGAAGAGGCUGAAGAAAUAAACGCCGCACUUCUCGAAUUCGCUGAGACGGACGCUGGGAAAGUUGCCGUGCCUCGACGAUUAUUCCUGAUCAUGCUCAAUCUGAGGUGCCAGAUUAUUCGGACAAUGUCAUCAAGAGCCGAUGACCAGAGUGGAGAAGAUUGGGAGAGCUCACAAGUCCACCUGAUAGAGGAACAGCUUCGUAUUCAUGGUCUGGUACUCGAGGAGUCACUGGAGGUUCUAGGAAUCGAGGACGUGGACACAUGGAAAGCGGCGAACAACCUCACUGGUUGUCUCAGUACGUUUGACAGGUGGAUAGAGUGCCAACCUAUCUUGGAUGCUGUUCUGACUGCCGGAAUUGUAGCAAAGGUUCGGGGAGAGGGAAAGUUCAAGGUCACACUAAAUGAAGUGACCAAGACUGCGGAAAACUGUCUCGACGCCCUUGAGGCGUCAAACGCAAAAGAUGAAACAAGUAUCGAGCAGUUCCGCCGACUGCUGCGCGAAUGGAUGAACUCUUCCGGCUGUACUGUUGGGGAUGACAAUCAUGACCUUGUCAACAAUCAAGGGGUGUUUCUGCAGUGGAAGGGAGACUUCGUCGAAGCAGAAAGCCAACAUGUCCGCUCUAUCGAGCUAUGCAAGCACGCAGGCGAAUCGAUACCUGGACUCUACCUUUACAAUCUCAUGCUCGCCAUAGCACGACAGAGGCGCCUCGAAGAAGCUAUGGAGUUCAGAGAAACCCACUCGUCUAAGCUUGCGGCAGAGGAGGCUAAAUUCGGCGCCUUACAGGAACGCAUGGAGCGAGAUACACGGGAUCGAGAGGUCUACGAGGAAGCGCAGGUACUGAUUCAGGAAGGCAAAAUUACACGGGGGGGAGAGUGGUGGGCGACCAGACAAUGGCAAUUGAAGCGGGCCGAAAACCGAUAUGGAGAAAUCAAAGCACAGCCCAACGUUCUUGCGAAGAGUGCGCGGAACAGAGCGAGACGCAAAUUAAGGUUUCGAUAGGGUAUCUCGCUUGAAUGUAUGCCACAAUCAGAGACAGUAUGAAGUAGUGACGGCCUUCAUCUUCGUCUCGAAACGU